CUGUCAACCAACCUCUUCUACAACCAUUUUGCGGGCCCUGUGUGUAUUUGUUGGUAAAAUGUCCGCCGCUUGAAGCCCCGGAUAUAUUUGUGCAAAGUUUGGAACGGUGGUAACUGUUGUCCCGGUACUAUAUUCGUGCAGUCGUCUGCUUGCUGUAUCAUCAAACGGCUGCGGCGCCGUUCAUUCCGUGAUAGGAAUUAAUUUGUAGACAACAGUGCGAAGUAGGAGGGGGAUACAGAUUCCCUCCACGGGCUUCUUGUUCGCCAUGAGCAACUCGGAGAGCAGCAGUAGCAGCAGCGGCGGCAGCAAAAAUGCAAAAUCAGACGAAAAUCAGGAUGAGCUAAUCAUCAAACAGCAGCGUGAAAUUGAACAAGAGAUUGCUCAUUCCAACCCGCUAGUCAGUGAGUCGCAGCCGAUCGCCAGCCUCAACCAGGAGUAUCUGGACGAUCCUGUCUACAUAUCAAAAAUUAAAGAUCUCUCCUCCAAGUACCGGGCGAUCCGGCGCAGCCGCCCCGAUGGGAACUGCUUUUUCCGUGCGUUUGCCUACGCUUACCUGGAGUACUUGGUGCUGAACAAGGAAGAGUUCCAAAAGUUUUACGAGUACGCGUCCAAAUCCCGCGAACGCUUGACUGAGGCCGGUUUUCCGCCGUUUACGAUCGAAGACUUUUACGAAACGUUCAUGGAGGUGAUCAACAAGGUAAAGCCGGAGGGUGACGAUACCGCCACUGCCCUGAGCGAGCUGCACAAGCUGUUCAACGAGCAGGGCUACUCGGAUUACGUCGUGGUGUAUCUGCGGCUGAUUACCUCAAGCCAUCUGCAGGAAAAGGCUGACUUUUAUCAGAACUUCAUUGACGGGAACAUCACGAUUGUCGAGUUUUGCCACCAGGAGGUGGAACCGAUGUACAAGGAGUCGGACCACAUUCAUAUUAUCGCCAUCUGCUCGGCACUGGAUGCGGGUGUGCGCGUGGAGUACAUGGAUAGGGGCGAUGGGGAUCAGGUGAUUGCUCACGAUUUUCCGGACGGUUUUAAACCGAACGUGUAUCUGUUGUACCGUCCGGGGCAUUACGAUAUACUGUACCCCAACAACAGUCAGCAGGCGUAAGGUGGUAGUGUGUGGGGGACGGAUUUGGCGGGUGUGCUGGUGUGCAAUGCAGCCCUUGUACCGGGUGGUAGUUCGCGGGGCCGAUUAUUAAUCUUUUUGCGUGAAUGCUGCAUUCGUUACCAUCACAUACCAACGAACAUGUCUCUACUAUGAUGUCUCUUUGUUUCCUGCAAACCUUGGAUCCAUUCAGUAACUUACAUUCGUCGAUACCUAGCAUGCUCUACUCAACAAAUACAAAUACAAUGUACGGAAGAAAAGUAAUAAAUCAAACCACUCAAGACUAAUA